GAAUUCCAAGUCCACAGACUCACACUGACUCUCAGUGGCUGGCCAGUAAAAGUCAUGGGGAGACUUGGAAUUUGGACGGAAAGCGAGACCCCAUAUACUGUAUUUCCCUCUUGAGCUUUGCCGCCGGCCUAUUUAUGCAAACACCCUCUCUGCUCGCUCCCAACACAUUCAUCCAACAACCAUCACCUCUCCUUUGCUCACCACACUGGAAUCAAUCGGAUCGAUGGAUCGGCGAGGAGCAGCGGCGGCGCCGUCGCUGGAGCUGCCGGGGUUCCGGUUCCACCCCACGGAGGAGGAGCUGCUGGAGUUCUACCUCAAGCACCACGUCACCAGCAGCAGCAAGAAUCAGCAGCUGAGGGCGGCGCCGUUCAACAUCAUCCCCACGGUGCACCUGUACCGGCACGACCCCUGGGACCUCCCCGGGCUCGCCGCCAUCGCCAGCGAGCGCGAGUGGUACUUCUUCGUGCCCCGCGACGGCCGGAAGCUCCACGCCGGCGGCGGGCGCCCGAGCCGCACCACGGAAGGCGGGUUCUGGAAGGCCACGGGGUCCGACCGCGCCGUGCGGUGCGCCGCCGACCCCAAACGCCUCGUCGGGCUCAAGAAGACGCUGGUCUACUACCAGGGCCGCGCGCCCCGGGGCACCAAGACCGACUGGGUCAUGAACGAGUACCGCCUCCCCGACCUCGGCGCCGGCGAGCAGCAGGACGUGGUGCUCUGCAAGGUGUACCGCAAGGCCGUGUCGCUCAAGGAGCUCGAGCAGCGGGUGGCCAUGGAGGAGCUCGCGCGCGCGCGCUCCACCACGGCCUCCCACUCCCACUCCCACUCCCACUCCAGCGCCGGCUCGCCCGACGUCUCCUCGUCCGCGUCCGAGCUCGCCCACGAGGCCGCCGUGCCCGUGCAGCACCAGCACCAUGGGGUGAAGAAGGAGGAGGCGGUGGCGGUGGCGAGGCCGCCGGCGAUGCGGCUGCCGCAGCUGGAGACGGCGAGGGGCGGCGGCGGGCUGGAGUGGAUGCAGGACCCCUUCCUGACCCAGCUGAGGAGCCCAUGGAUGGAGGGCCUCUGCUUGUCUCCCUACUACGCCAGCGUCCUCAACUUCUAGCAGUCUGGAAUCAUUCCUAAUCACUAGUCCAUUAAUCCAUGCAUGCAUGGAGCCAUCUCAAAAUUUCAGAGAUAAACACAUGCAUCAUCCAGACCAGAAGAGUACGGAGUACAAGGGUAUUAAUUCGUACGUGUGCGAUCAAAUACUAUACGUAGCAGCGGUCGUCGAAUCUGGGCUGGCAGCAUACAAUUUUUGGGAUGCAUGAAACUCAAUCAAUAUACAUAACCAAAGAAAAGGGUCACCAUG